UUGAAAAUGGUUUAGUCGCUGCGCGUGCGCUAAGCUCCAUUCACCGUUAUAGCUGCCAUAUAUAUUAGCUGCAUUCGCAUUCGUUAUCAAGUUAUAGUUGUUUUUUUUCUGCUGCGCGUGUGUGCUUUGACUUUUUUUUUUUUUUCUUGUGCAUAGCUGUGAAAAGUAAACAAGGAAUAAAAGUGUGUGCAGUCUACAUAACGAAAACUACUGCUAAAAUUGCAGCGAAACACAAGAAGAAGAAGAAGCAUACGUAGAAGAAGAAGAAGCAGAAAAUGACUUGCUGCAAGCGUCUGCCAGGAUCGCUGCUGGCGUUGCUAUGCUCGCUGCUGCUGGUGGCAGCGCUGCCGAACAUACAAGGGCAGGCCAAGCUCACAGCAGUGGGAGGAGGAGCAAACUAUGUGCAGCAGCUGGACAAGAGUUUCUUUCAGCCGCCAGAGAUCGAACAGACCAUCGAUGAGGUGCAGAAAAUACUUGCAAGGGAUCCAGCAUUGCCGCGACUAACGCGCGGCGAGAUCGAGGAGCUCUAUGAGAAGGUGACACGCGAGGAGUACGAGAAGAGCAUUGAGGCGGGCGAUCUGAGCCGGGCGGACAGCAUGCGAGCGCUGAUGCUGGUGCUGCCCUUCAAUACGGACAACAAUACGGAGGAGAAUCUGCAGGAGCUGUACACGCGGCCGCCUGUCACACGCGUCAUUGAUGCGUAUACGCCACCAAAUCCCAUCAAAUUUCUGACAGCCGAUCCCAGUGCGCCGCCGCGAAGCACAGUGCCUGGUGGUAAUCCCGCUGUAGCGGCGACCACAUACAAGCCAAGCUACAAUGCUGCAGUGCGUCAGCAGCUGCAGCCAACAGCAACGACGUAUCAUCCGCCAGCGCCAGCGCCGGUUAUGUAUCAGCUAGCGCCAGCGCUGGGCAUGCCCAGCAUGCAGUUUCAGCCGCUGCCCCAGGUGCAGGCGCCGACGCAGACGCAGCGCUACAGCUCACACUACAAUGCGAAGCAGGUGGAGUUCAGACGCAAGCCACAGCCAAGCAGCAGCAGCAGCACAGUGAAGCCAGUGGCGGAUAUUUUAGAAAGUUUGGGCAUAGGCGCUGCGCAGUCGGUGGCGUCCAAUCAUAAGCGCUACGCUGGCGAGGAUUACUAUGCAGCUGAGAGUGCGCCGCAGCCGCAGGUGGUGGCCAUGGCGGAUUUGCGUGGCAUGCAGGGCGCGCGCAUUAGACCGGAUGCCUAUGCUAACUUUAAGCCACUAAACAUAGGCGAGGAGCUGCGCGUUAAGCCGGAGGUGGCGGGUUAUCUAACGCGCUUUGGCAUUGUCAAAAAGGCGCCCAAGUCGCUGCAGAAAACGCAGGCAGCGACGCCCACAGUGGAACCAACAGGCGCGCAUACGGAGCUGUCCACAGCAACAGCAAAGCUGCCAGAGCUGGCCAAGCUGCUGCAGAAUUUGCAGGAGCUGGAGCGACUACAAAGCAGCAAGAGCAGCAGCAGCACCACCACCACCACUAGCACUACUAGCACCACAACCACGCCCACGCCGCCUACAACGCUUGCAACGCUUAUAACUCAUGGCGCGCCCAUGCUAAUCGAAGCUAAGAAGCCACGUCGACGCAUCGAUCCGCAUAUUGAUCUGAAUUUUGGCAGCCAGGGCAAUCAGCAGCGCACAGCGAGUGGACAGGAUGAGCUGGCCAAGCUGCUGCAGAAUCUGCAAGAGCUGGAGCGACUGCAGUUUAAGCCGCCAAGCGUUAGCAGCAGCAGCACAACAGCCAAGCCGCUGGAGCAGCUGCUGCUGCAGCAAUUGCAGCAACAGCAACAGCAGCCUAAGCCCAAGCCCAAGCCUAAGCCUGUCAAGCAGCAGUCGCUGCAGCUGGAAACGCCAGAGCUGCUGCAGCUGCAGCGCUUGCUUAGCGAUGAUAGCCAGCUGGAGCGGCUUUAUGAGCAGGCGCGCGCAAGCAAAAGCAGCACAGCUAGACCCAGCACCAGCAGCAGCACCACAACGACAACAACAACAACAACGCCACGCACUAGCAGCAGCAGCGCUGCGCCUACAGUAAAUCCGCUGCAAUUUGCUGCUUUAAUGACGCGCGUGCAGCAGCUGGAGCAGCAGCAGCAGCCGAGCAAGCAGCAGCAGCAACUACAAAACCGCCAGCAGCACUUGGAGCGCAGCAAUCAGCUGCUGCUGCCGGAUGUGCAGCCACACGACUAUGUGCAGCUGCAGAAGCUGCUAAGCAAAGUGCAGGAGCUGGAGCGCGUGCAGCUGCAGUCCAUAGCAACAACAGCAACAACAACAGCAGCGCCCGCGCGUCAGCUAACCAGCGCCGCUUCACAGCGCACGCAUAAUGUGAAAAGCUUGAGCGGCACACAAAUUGUUUAUGCGCAGCAGCCAGCAGAGGAGCUGGAGCUGGAGCAGCUCAAACUGCAGCUGCCUGUGUAUAGACAACCCGCCAGCAGCACCAGCAAGCCGCUGCUUAGCAGCAGCAGCGAGGAGCUGCAGCAGUAUCAGCAAUUCUUUCAAGGCUUGCAGGAUGCAGGCGAGCGACAGCUGCAGCCCAUUUAUAAAAGCAGCAAGCCAACAACUACAGUGAAGCCCAAGCUAAAGCACAGGCAAAGUCUUGCGGAGCUGCAAAAGCUGCUCUACAAUACGGCGCAGCUGCAGCAGCUGGGCGUGGCACUGCCCACAGAGCUAAGUCAGCAGCUGGAAACGCAGCUGCAAAUGAGCAGCACGCCAACAACCAGCAGCAGCACCACAACAACAACAACCACAAGCACAACAACCACCAGCGCACCAGCUACCACAGCUUUGCCCAUUGUUAGCAGCACGCCCAUUCACGAUUCCAGCUCACCCGCUGUGUUCUCGCUCACCACCAGCAAACCCGCCACGCCGCGUUUUACACCCACGCGUGUUAGCACUGCCAGCAGCUUGGAUUUGCCUGUUUACAGCGCCACCAAAAUAAUUGAAGCCGCUAUCAAGCGCGCCGCCAAUCGCAUUGGUGUGCCCACUGAGCAGGCGCCCAGCUUGGGUCAAGGCUUUCGACGUCGCAGCGUGCAGCUGGAGCAGCAGCAGGCAGCAGAUGAGCAGCAGCAGCAGGUGGGCGUGCUCAAUGGCGAUUUAAUGGCGGAAUUCAGUGAGCUUAACUAUCAGCUAGCGCAGCCAGCUGCUACGCCCGCGCCUGCAGCAGAGCUCUCCGGCAAUCUCAGCGAGCUGCAGCGCUUGAUUAGCAAUUUGCAGCAGCUGCAGCAGCUCAAUGUUAGUCUCACCACUGGCGCUAGCACGCCGGAUGCGCUUUACCUGCAGUCGCAGCUGGCGCAGGCAACGCAAAGCAACAAGCCACGUCGUCAAAGCGCCAAUAGCACCAGCAGCAGCACCACCACUACCAGCACCACCUCGACCACCACCACAACGGAGCAGCCUGAGCGUCUUAGCUUAAAUGUUAGCCUUGACGACACACUAGACAGCAGCUCGCCGUCCAGCAGCACCACAGAGGAGUCACGCAAUGGCUCGCUGGAUGAUUUAGCCGACUCCUUUGCACCCGAUCCGGUUGCGCAGGAGCCACCACCAGCUAAGAAAAAGAAUGGCUUCUAUUUUCUAGCCGAUUGGAAUUCCUUUUUGGAAGUUGGCGAUGGUGAUGAUCAGGUCGUAGUGCGUUUAAGUCCCAAGAUUGGUGAUCCACGCGACUUUCUGCCCGUUUAGUUGACACUUGCUGCUUUUUAUAUUGUGUAUAUAGCUACUCGCGCUGCCUACAACUCGCUCUUCGCUCCCUCUUUUAACUCUUUUUUGUAUGCUUGUGUCUGUGUCCUAUCUGUGUAUGUGUGUGCGUAUUUGUAUUUAUUUUUUAGCAGAGGAGCCCGGGUUUUGUAGUCACUUAAGGUUUUUUGGGUGGGAACCUCAGUCUAAGCUCUAAGCGUAGUCACAAUCAUAUAUAUUGCAAUUAUAUAUUUUAAUAUUACUUUACUUUGUACAAAAAACAAAACAAAUUAAACAAA